AUGGAGGGAAUCCAUGAACAGCUAAGUGAAAUUUCUCUUAGUACUUUACAUACCAUCUUUCUAAAAAUAGAUGCGAGACUAACAAACAUUGAAACAAACAGCUCUACUUUGGAAAAGAGAAUGUGUGACAUUGAGAAUAAAAUGAGUACGUUUAAUAGAUUAGCAGAAGCAGUUGUUUCACUUGAAAAUAAAAUUCAAAAAUUUGAAUGUGAAAUAAAAACCAUUAAAGAGACGGUGACAGAGGCGGAGAUGAGUGCCAAAUCUAUUAGUGAUAUGUUUGACAGUGUGAAACACACUGCCGAGAAAGAAUUAAAACAGCUACAAGAUGAUUCAAGGAAAAGGGACGAGGAACUCAACUCAAGUGUUCACACUUUAAAAGAGAAAAAUGUUGAAUUACAGGAGUCUAUCACUGAUCUCCGUAUCAGAUCAAUGAGAGAUAACCUAGUUUUUUGUGGUGUUCCUAAGAAAAGAAACGAAAACUGUGAGGUGAUGCUGCGUAAUUUCAUGAAAGAUAAGAUGAAAAUCUACGAUUUCAUACGAUUCGAGAGAGUGCACAGAAUGGGAAAAUUUGAGGAGUUCAACACAAUACCCCGAAACAUAAUGGCGAAAUUCUCCUUCUUCCAAGACAGAGAGUACGUUAGAUCACAAGCCCCUCGGAAAUUAAAGGGAACUCACGUUUGGGUCAACGAACAGUACCCCCCGGAGGUUGAAGAGCGGCGUAAAAAACUGCACCCUGUAAUCCGUCAGGCCAGAAAAGAACACAGUCGUGUUAAACUCGUAAAAGACACUUUGUAUGUUGAUGGCGAACUGUACGUGCCCGAAGAUCAGGAAUCCGCUCCACGCAUGGAAGUGACACGCUCGCUCGAUCAGGCAGCAGGAGGGCAUUCGGCCAACCCCGCAAACACACCGUGGACUCAUCGCGGAACAUACCACAGGUGCUAA